UAGUAGAAACAUGUCUAAUGUUGAACAGACACCUUUUCCUCCAUGCUGGUAGCAGCUGACGGGGCAGAGCAGAAGAAGAAGCAGCAGCUGCAGCAAUAAGGUUCAUAGGAGCAUGGGAGACGUUACCGAUGGCGACUACACUAAAGACGGCAAUGGAGACACUGUGGACGCCUUAAAAUGGCGUGAAAAAAGUUCUAAGCAAAACACUGCAGAAGAUACGAAGGUGAAGAGAAGCUCGGGCAGUGAUGCAAAGCCCUCAGACCCUUACCGCUACCGAAUGGACUACCCAUGCAUGGGAACCUGCCUGGUCAUCAACAACAAGAACUUCGACAGGAGCACAGUGGCUGCAGACGACCACAGUCAGAACGCGUCGUUCGUCUGCGUGCUUCUGAGUCACGGCGAUGAGGGCGUGGUUUACGGCACCGAUGGAUUCGAAAAGUUCGAGGAUCUGAUCAGAUGCCUUAAAGGAGACAAUUGUAAAAGCCUGGUGGGGAAACCAAAGCUGUUCUUCAUACAGGCGUGCCGAGGUUCAGCCCUGGAUGACGGCUGUUCGAUAGAGACGGAUUCUGUGGUAGAUCAGACAUCUGAGCGGAUUCCUGUAGAGGCAGACUUCUUGUACGCGUACUCCACAGCUCCAGGCUACUACUCCUGGAGGAACACGAGCAACGGCUCCUGGUUCAUCCAGUCUCUGUGUAAAAACCUGGAUAAGUUCAGCGGACAGCUGGAGCUGAUGCAGAUCAUGACCCGUGUCAACCACCAUGUGGCGUUGGACUUUGAGUCUGCGUCCACCCUGCCCGGGUUUGACUACAAGAAGCAAAUCCCCUGUAUUGUGUCGUUGUUGACCAAAGAUUUCUACUUCCAUAAUAAACAAUAAACGAUCUGAAUCCCUAAUCUGAUUCAUUACUCCUCGGCUCUGGGAGAGAGAAGCACUAAAAGAGCGGCCUUGAUUUCACUCAGUGUAUACAGACAACUGACUUUGGUUUAAUAAGGAGUUGUUUUUCAUUUGGGGUCUUUUAUAUGUCAUAUAACUUUUUUUUUAAGAAGCAGGACAGCCAACUCACAGAUUUCUGGUUUUCAACCAACACAAAGUUCAUGUAACAAUUUAGCUGCUUUCAUCCAGCUGGUUGCUGCUAAUAACCAACUGCAGGAUUCAAAACGGGUCUUUAAACGGUUUAAAGGUCCAUCAGAUUCUCAGACAAGCUUCUAAAUGUUCCUUUAAAAUAAAAGGAGUAGUUUGGCUGAUUGGAAAUACAGACAUCCCAAGUUCCAAAAACUC